ACAGCACCUUCACCAUGCUCCGCCGCCGCAACGGGCGCGUCGUUGCCACUCUCGAAGUGGACGGAUCCUUCAUUACCGAGGCGCACCUGACGGCGCGCGUCGGCGCCUGCCCCGAUCUGGCGCAGCGGGGGUCGAGCAGAUGCGUCGGGGCGGGCAAGAAGAAGUGGGCGAACCUCUCGUUCUGGGCGGCCGAACUCCGGGAGAACAACUGGGGGUGGCGUGUGAUCAACGGCACAUGCGGCGGCAGCGCCUUUGCGAUCGGCAAGGGUGGCGAGAAGAGGUGCGAGGAGCUGCGCGUACGAAUGGCGAUGUCGCAGGCCACCUUUGAGACUGCGGACUGGUCUGUUUCCGUGCGGGGCAUGCCAACGAUGGCCACCAAGGGGCCAGAGCACCGUCUCGAUGUCAGCUUCAGUGCGCGAAGAGAUUUCGCUGCGCGCGCGCUACCGCACGGCAUCUUUGGCCAGUCCUUCUCGUCGCCACUACCUCGCUUCGGGAAGGUGGACGUUUAUCCUUGGUCGGGCUCCUUUCAGACGAGCGCUAUGGCCGAGGGCGCGCUCGACGGCGAUGCGGCGAUGUACGAGGUGGGCUCUCGCUUCGAAACCCGCUUCCCCUUCUCUCGCUUCGACGCGGCACCCCUCGCCGUGCCGGCCGCGGCCUUGCUCGGGACAGGCGAUCUGGCGGCCAGUGCCAUUGGAAUGGGUCCCUAGCCCGAUCGCCGAUGCGCAUCCUCUCCAUGCACAAACGACGUACCGUAUAAUACUGCAAGAGAGGUGAACGUGAAGCAGAGCCAGACACCACGAUCCACGAGACUGACUG